CGACGUCAGCGCGUCCGGCGUUGCUUGGCUACCCCGCCGUUCCCCUGUCCCGCUGCCUUUGGUCUCCCCGGGUGAAACUGACGCAGUCGCCGCGGGUCUGGGCUGCGACAUGGCAGCGGGCAUCCCACCUUCACGUCACACCUCCCUCACUUAGACACGCACUCGUUCCUCCCUGCCAACCACGACUUAUGCCCCCUCUGGUCCUCAUGCUCCCGAUCUGGCAGGAGAAGAUGGAGACCGGCCGGGUGGGACAGAGUUGUGGCCAGUGCUCAAGAGAGGUUCCUGAGGCGGUACCCAACAGUGAUAAAAGGCAAAACGUGGACGUCUCUGACGAUUACUUCCACUGAGAUAGAGUAGUGGAGAGAGAGGAAGGACCAAGCCAGAGGAGCACAAGGCCAUAUUAUGGCUGCCCUCUAACAUCACCACCACACCACCCCCAGCUCCAGAUACUCUCCGUUCUUCACUAACCUUGAGCCCAUUUCUGUCUCCUACGGCCUAUUCGCUAAUUAGAUACAUGCCGGUCGCUUAAGUGUGAAUACGAUUCAGUUUUAGGUGAGGAUGCCACUUAUCUGUAAGAUUGAAAAGGCCAAGUCAUUAAUCAAAACUGAAUUCUAAUAGGCAGAGAAGAAAUCAUCCAACUGAACUUAUCUGGAUCAAUUUCUUUUCUCCAUUAAAAGGGGAUAAGUUACCAACUCCUACUUAAAAUUCUAUUUGUACCACCAGUAUACAGAAAUAAUUGUUGUUGUUGUCCCAAUUCAUUACAUGGCCACUUUGCUGUCAAUGGGUAGACCUACCAGAUUUCCUUCCUUUUGGGGCAGAAGUGAAGCAGUUCUGGAACCAGAUAUAUUAACUUACGCAUUGACAUUUUAAGGAUGGGGUGUGAACCAGCUAUAUAUCUAAGAGAGCUUUGGUUGUCUCUUCCCAUUCACUUAUUGAGACCAGGUGAUUAUAUAUAAUUUAGGCUGGCCUCGAGCUCCUGAGGCUCUUGCCUUUGCCUCCUCUGCACUGGAAUCAUAAGCAUGUGCCACCCGAUAUUAACCAUACCUGGCCAAUUUCCAUCCUAAUCACCGAAUAUCUAAAGAACUAGUUAUCAGUAAUGACUUUGAAAGGUUGAAGUCAUCACUGAAGAUUUAGAAUGGACUUGCCAGCUCUCUCUUCAAAAAGCUGUUGGCCCUCUACUCAAUGAUACUCUCUUAGAACUGAUAUGUAUUUGUUGCUUUGCAGCCAUUCCAGCUGCACCCAAAUAGAAAUGAGUUAUGAUGGCAGAGACAACUCUGUUAGAGGCUGGAGCCUCUGCAGCCUCCACAGCCGCUGCUCUGGAGAACCUGCAGGUGGAGGCAAGCUGUUCUGUGUGCCUGGAGUAUCUGAAGGAGCCAGUUAUCAUUGAAUGUGGGCACAACUUCUGCAAAGCGUGCAUUACCCGCUGGUGGGAGGACCUGGAGCGGGACUUCCCUUGCCCUGUCUGUCGGAAGACAUCCCGAUACCGGAGUCUCCGGCCUAACCGACAGCUAGGCAGUAUGGUGGAAAUUGCCAAGCAGCUCCAGACAGUCAAGCGGAAGAUCAGAGAUGAAAGCCUCUGUUCCCAGCACCAUGAACCCCUUAGCCUUUUCUGCUAUGAAGACCAGGAGGCUGUCUGUCUGAUAUGUGCAAUUUCUCACACCCACCGGCCCCAUACCGUUGUGCCGAUGGAUGAUGCUACACAGGAAUACAAGGAGAAACUUCAGAAGUGCCUGGAGCCUCUGGAACAGAAACUGCAGGAAAUCACCUGCUGCAAAGCCUCUGAAGAAAAGAAACCAGGGGAGCUCAAGAGACUGGUAGAGAGCCGCCGGCAGCAGAUCUUAAAGGAGUUUGAGGAACUGCACAGACGACUGGAUGAAGAGCAGCAGACACUGCUUUCACGACUGGAGGAAGAAGAACAGGACAUUCUACAGAGACUUCGAGAAAACGCUGCUCACCUUGGGGACAGGCGCCGGGACCUUGCCCACCUAGCUGCUGAGGUGGAGGGCAAGUGCUUACAGUCAGGCUUCGAGAUGCUUAAGGAUGUGAAAAGUACCCUAGAAAAAUGUGAGAAGGUGAAGACCAUGGAGGUGACUUCUGUGUCGAUAGAGCUGGAAAAGAACUUCAGCAAUUUCCCCCGGCAGUACUUUGCCCUAAGGAAAAUUCUUAAACAGCUAAUCGCUCCACUCUGGCUUCUUCCGCCAGCGGAUGUGACCCUGGACCCUGAGACAGCUCAUCCUAACCUCGUCCUGUCAGAGGAUCGGAAAAGUGUCAAGUUUGUGGAGACAAGACUCCGAGACCUCCCUGACACACCGCAGCGUUUCACUUUCUACCCUUGUGUCUUAGCUACUGAAGGCUUCACCUCAGGUCGACACUACUGGGAGGUGGAGGUGGGUGACAAGACCCACUGGGCAGUAGGAGUAUGCCAAGACUCUGUGAGCAGAAAGGGCGAACUGACUCCACUCCCUGAGACUGGCUACUGGCGUGUGCGAUUGUGGAAUGGGGACAAGUAUGCAGCCACCACCACGCCUUUUACCCCUUUGCACAUCAAGGUGAAGCCUAAGCGGGUAGGCAUAUUCCUAGACUAUGAGGCUGGCACACUGUCUUUUUACAACGUCACAGACCGUUCACAUAUCUAUACCUUCACUGAUACUUUUACUGAAAAACUUUGGCCCCUCUUCUACCCAGGGAUCCGGGCCGGUCGGAAGAAUGCUGCGCCACUUACCAUUAGACCCCCAACAGAUUGGGAAUGACAAGAGAUGCAGUUUAAUUGGGGUGAGGCAGGGUCAAGAACAGUGGGCCUUCCUAACUGGCCUGCUGGAAUAUCUUGGUGUCUAUGUGGUUCCGGUCUUGAGCCAUCGUAAGAAACCACCUUGCAUCCGGAUGGUUUGUGUGAAGGAGUAAAGACAGGACUGGGCUACAUGACAAGCACAGAUGAGUGGCCUUCCUCACUGGAGUGGGAGAGGGGACUCCCAGGUUUCCUAGUGCACGAGGACAGGUUGAGAAAGCAAAGGCUUUCCAGAAACAGUUUAUAGGAAAGGGUCUUAACAUGCUUAAAAUGCAGGAAACAGAAACCUUUAAAAGGCUUCUGGGACUCCGAAUAGCCUUGUUCCUUGUGGGAGCACGUAGGGAUCUGUAUACCUCUGUGCUGGAAAGAUGAGUGGCAGUUGCUGUCAUGAGUCUAGAAGUUGAGGAGCUUUUCUGGGGGCAGAGAUUGAGCAUUAAAGUUUGGAGAAGGAUCAGGGAAGAAGCUGGAGGAAUGUUUCUAGAGUGAAUGAAGGGAAGGGGGAUUUCUUUGGUCUCUUUUUUUCCUAGGGUAAUGCUACCAUUACCCAUAGGAUUAGCCAGAGGUUCAGAUUUGGGGAAAAGGAAAGGAUGGCAAUAAAGGAGAAUCCAUGUCCCAAAGGCUUGGGUUAUUCCUGAUUCCUGCAGCUGGCUGUUUCUAAAACGUAGGCUCCUCUUGCUCCCUUCUAAUGGUGAGAUGGAAGCAAUCCUGCAAGACACACAUCUGACCUUCCAUGGUUUCCCAAGGCACCUUGGAAAGGAGUCAGGUAUUAGAGGAGAGAGAACAGUAUAGCCAAAGCCUUGGCCUUAAAGAAUGUUACUAAGUAGUUAUUCUCAAGUCCACCUUGUCCCCUGGCUCAAAUAUCUAAGGGAAGGUAAUGGAGUCUUUCUCACCCCAUGAGAACAGGGUCGAAGAGGGUGGUUUGUGUAGCAAAGGGCCAGAAGGCAGCUAAGCUUCUGCUUCCAUCCUUCACCCUUUGACAUUCCCCUUUUCAGAGAAUGUAAAUUAUCUUAAUUUUAGGCCAAAAUAAACAAUCCAUAGGGUACAUAUUUUGUCACAAAAGGUAACGUGAUGCAUGCCAAACCAAACAACCUGGAUUAUCUGCUGCCUGGGUAAUCUUCACACAAGACUGAGACAAGAAACUGCAUUGAGGGCAUUCAGUUCCUCCUACCACCUCAACAGGACUUUGUCCACUCUCCUAUUACCUUUGUGCCUUGACUGUGUGGUUCUUUGUAGCAAGAUAAUUUGGUUGGUGAAAAUAUGGAACAAAGGAUCCACUAAUGUGA